CAAGUGGGCCAAGAAGAAGAAGAAGAAGACAGAACGAGUAGCUCGUUUAACAAAUGUUUCCGGCCGACGGUUAUUUUGCAGUGAAGACGGGUGGAAAUUUUAGUUCAUUUGCGGUCUGAUAACGUUUACUUUUCCGGCUUUACCCUGGAGAACCAAAUGGCCGCCCCAGGUCCUAAUAAGGACAACAUCCGGGCUGGGUGCAAGAAAUGUGGAUAUCCGGGUCACUUGACCUUCGAGUGCCGGAACUUCGUCCGGGUUGACCCUCAGAAAGACAUCGUCCUGGACGUGAGCAGCACCAGCAGUGAGGAAAGUGAAGAGGACGCACCUGCAGCCCGAAGCAAUGAGAAGCUGGGCCGGAGCAGAGGUUCCCGUAAUGAUGAAAAUGAUGCGAGAAAAGGGCGACACAAACGGAAGAAGAGCAGUGACCGAAAGUCAAGAAAAAGAUCUAACUCGUCAAGUGACGAGACUACAAAGAAAAAAAAGAAGCGCAGCAGUUCCCACUCCUCAUCGGACGAGGAAGGGAGGAAGAAAAAGAAAGUGAAAAGUCGGAAGAAAAGCAAAAAGAACAAAAAGGAACACGGGAAGCAUCGGAAAAAAAGGGAGAAGAAGAGGAAACAAGAAUCCUCCUCUUCCCCUUCUGCGUCUUCCAGCUCGAGUGAAUCCUCAGACAGGGACUGACUGUACAGUGUCGGGAUCUCCAACAUCCAUGAAAAUGGUCCUUGGUAUAAGGCCCUUCACCUCAUCAAGGGUUUAAAUGAUUAAUUAGUCCAAAAAUACCCUUAAGUACGUUGCCUACAGCGGAUACGUUUUAUGCCAUCAUGCCAGUGGGGGGGAAAAGUCUUUGGAAUGCUCUGAAGAAAUUUCAAAAAGUACAAAUCCAGGGAACAUCUGUUAUAUUUUGUUUCUUUUAAAAUGUUUCCGUAUGCUGUCGUGUAGAUUUUACUCUGAAAUACAUUUUCAUCCUUGGAUGUCUUAUUUUAUUUCUAGAACUUGUACCCAAAAAUAUUUUAAAGUGGACCAAUUUAAAUCCCAACCAUGAUUUGACAAGAGUUGCCAUGGACAACAGUAACUUUUAUUCUGUGGCAUAUUUCUUUUGUCUACUGGUGAACAAGACAAGAGAUGUUGUACUUUUGACACUUUGCUAAAUGUUUAGUUUGUACUUGAGCUACGACGGCUUUACAUACAAUGAAACCUACGGAGGUGCUCGUGAGGCCGUGUGUCUGCUGGUCAUGUGAUUGUCAAAGAAGAACCUCCCUCAUCAUUUGGUCAUUCAUAGACUUUAUUCCACACACAUUGUGUGUACGUUUUUGGCCGUCAUUGUCUGAGCCUCUUUAUACAGCUGUUUAUUUCAGAUGCACAAUAUACCACUUCUUCAGUCUGUACUUUUUUAGUCAUCCCCAUUAAGUGUUCUUUUAUUGUAGUAAAAUAUAUAUUUGUAUCUC